UUGGCACACAUGACGGUGGCGUGGGGCGAGCUGGACGCGCUGGUCGAUGAGAUUCUACGGCAGGCGGUCUUGGCCAAGGCUGCAUCAUCGGCGUUCCAGGGCAGAUCAAGCGACAGCAUGCGUCGAGGAGGCGCGAGGGUGAAGUCACUUGUCGAAGCGCUCAAUGCAUGCAAUGCGUCAAUUCAACAAGCGCUCGACUGGACGGACAAUGCCACAUGCAGCGGUGGUCUGCUACUGCAAUCGGAAGAAGAUGACCUCGUUGUGCUCGAACAGGACGUCGAACAACAAACGAACGUCCCUGCCCAAGUGAACAAGUCGUCACCGCUUGAACAGGGAGUGAUGCCGCGUCGACUCGUCCGAGCAAAUGCGGGCGUGUACGAGACAGACGACAUGUCGCCCCCCACGACACCGCACGCAUCUUCGCCCAAACGCAAUGCAUUCCCACCUAAAGUGGCGCUCGAGUCGGUCAACCACCUUCUAUUUGUCAUCCACGGGAUCGGUCCGCAUGCCGACUUCAAGGACGUUCACAGCGACUACUUUGCCGACAUCCCUUCGGACCAGCAACGCCGUGGCAAGAGCCAACUGCUCAAGGAACUGUUCCGUUCCACUCGCGACACCUACCUCUCGGCCGACAUUCCCUUGGCUCUCGAGAUCCAAACGAUCGAAUGGCAUGACGUGCUGCACACGGCUGCCGUCGACACCGCCUUCGAUCAGCUCGUCCCGGACGGCGCCAAUGCCCUUCGACACUUCAAUAAGAUGACGAUCAUGGACAUGCUGUACUAUGCGUCCCCGGCAUACGGCCAGCUCGUUGUGGACUCGGUGACAGCCCAAAUGAACUCCAAAUACAAACGAUUCCUUCACCACCACCCUGGCUGGAAUGGCCACGUAUCGAUCUUCGCCCAUUCGCUAGGGUCUGUCAUCGCCUACGACAUUCUGUCCCAUGAUGCAGGUGCCUUGUCCGCGACGGGGGUACAGUUUCCGGGACUCGAGUUCCCCGUCGAGAACUUCUUCGCUGCGGGGUCCCCCGUUCCAGUCAUGCUCUUGUCGCGAGGUCAAGUCGAGUUGACAGGAGAUGCCGACACCCCUUUGCUUCACGUGCGGUCGCGGCCUCGGUGCGCCCACUAUUUUAACUUUAUCCAUCCGUCGGACCCGAUCGCGUAUCGGAUGGAGCCUCUCCUCUGCGAAGGAGGCGCCUCGACACCGGCGUCGCUCUCUGCGAUCUUUGACCCCAAGAUCGUUCAUGGGAUUUCGUUCAGCGAUCUCUACUCUCGCUUCACGUCCACUACUCUCGCGACUUCCACUCAAGCCCCGACGUGCGUGGACUACUACCUCAAACAUCAAACCCGCGACGGCACCAGCCGCAUGAUGGAUGUUGCGUACGCCCCCGCGUCGCACAAGUCAUACUGGAUCUCGCAAGACGUGGUGCUGGCAGCCUUGUUGCAGCUCUGCCGCCCUGUCGGCGAGAUUCUCCGGCGAUACGACAUAGCACAAGUCCCCCGCCCUGAGCUGCGUCCACGCCGGCGAGUGUCCUUCACGCCCCACAAGAGCGUCCUGCUCGCCACGACCGCCCUCGCUCGUGACCGCAUCACAGGAACGUGGCACAAUCGUGUCGUUCUUCUGGCCAACAAGCAUGUGUACUCGGUGGCAUCUGUCAAGGACUUGGCCGUGACCAAGUCGUGGGCCGUCCCCUUGGCAUCCAACUCGACGACCGUCGUCCCUGUCGACAAUGUCGGGUUCAAAGUAGCGACCAGCACGGAUGCGAAAGGAACGGUCCUCCACGCACCGUCCAGAGACGACCGAGAUGCGUGGGUCGAUGCGAUACGGGCGCGCAUUGGCCACAAGACAAAAGCGGUCGUGAACUGCGACGGUCUCAUCACGAACCAGUCGGUCGAGUAUUUUGGGGCGGUGAAGACGAGCUUCCUGACGCAGGGGUGGUCGACAAAGUGGGUCGUCCUGACCAAGUCGCAUUUGACCGCAUACGAGUCCUGUCCCGCGGCCAUCUCGUGGUGGCAGUUCUCCGUGACGACGGUCGUCGUGGCCCCGUCCGUCGGACGCUUUCGCUUGGUCAGUCCGGACGGCACCGCUUUCACGUUCAAGAUUCAGGACAAACCCACGUUCGAAAUGUGGCUCCAAGCGGUGCAGGAACGAAAGCACUGCCACCUGUCGAUCGAACAGGACGAGUCGGUGCCUCGUGGUGCCGUCGUACCUUGAGUUGUCGAGACAUGUCGUACGCCAGGCGACUGCUCCAGAUGCUCCAUGCGUUUGUAGAUGUAGCCGUCAUGCGACAUGCAUGUGGUUGUUUUUAAGGACGUGCCGCCAACCACGCGAUAGUGCGCACUGGUGAAAUCGUGCCGUCUUUCAUCCAUGCCACGGGGUGUCCUUCCUUUCCGACCCGAUACAGUGCACACCUUCAUGCUGAACCGUCACGAUCGCGUCGGCACUGUCCACUCG